AUGCUUAAUGGUUCUGACAUCGCCACAGUUUCCGUCAAAAACGAAACCAAGGUAGAAGCAAGAUCAGUUCCAAUUGGUACCGAUAUUAAGCCAACAAACCAUUCGAGAAGCAAUCCAACAAAAAGAGAUCAUUCUAGAGCCUAUAAUAUUCUCAAGAAGAAACACAACGACACCUUGACAUCAAGCAUCAACCUUGACAAUACAAAUCAAGCAAAAGAGUCUUAUACAGCAGUAUCGACACCAACAGGCAGUGACGACCGACUGGUGAUUUCCAUGAAGACCAUGCCAGGGAGAAUUGCCCACAUCCAGCCUACAUUGGAUUCCUUACUCUUUCACCAAACAAGUGUGUUUGAUCAGUUUUACUUGGCAUUGCCUCGGCAGCCACUGCAUAACCCAGACUACGUUAUUCCUGAGUUCCUAAAAAAAUAUGCUGAGGAAGGAUUGAUUACCCUUUUGAGACCAGACUAUGAUUAUGGAGCUUUGGAUAAGAUAUUGCAUUCAAUACAGACAGAGGAACAACAUUUCCAGCAACAAUCUACUCUCCAAGCCCAUCAAUAUCGCAUUCUAUAUUUGGAUGAUGACAUGAUUUAUGCACCCAUGUUUGUCGAAAUAUUGGCCAAUAAGAGUCAAUCCUACCCAGACUCGGUAGUGGCUCUCUCAGGUGCCAAGCUGAGGUCUCGUUUUCGGCAGAUUGGACACUCCUCACCGGAAAAGGAUCGACACCCCUUUAUCUAUUAUAAACUUGGAGGGGUUGACUCUUUCGGGGACCCGCUCGUGGAUCUAACCCAAGGAUUCAUGGGAGUCUUGGUGCGCCUCUCGUUCUUCGACGUACCCGAGUUUGUCCGUAUGGCUGGCAACAAGUCGGUCCCCGAUGGGGUUAGGAGGUCAGAUGACUACGUGAUUUGUGGAUAUUUGGAGAAACGCAACAUUCCACGGCGUUUGGUGGAUGGAGGUCUUGUGCCCCAGUCACAUCAAGUGUCUUCCAAAAUUGGCAAUCUUGGCAAGACCAUGAAUCGUAAUGCCAUGACGGCGGCGUAUUAUCUGCAAACAAACUGGGGGAUUUGGCAGAGUUAUCAGUUUGAGCCCUAUCUUGACUUGCCCAAGGACACGCGGGACCUCAUGGACUGCGAAGCUCGACAUGCGCAGUACUGCCCCCCAAAAGUCAAGAAAAAUGGCAGAAUACAAUAUUCGCUGGUGACCGAGAUGUUGGAUGAUCUUUUGAAUGUGACUGCGGAUACUAAGAGUGGCAAAUGA